CAGAGAUUGUCAGAGAUUGUUGAGUGACUUCUUCACCAAGCAAAUUAAACCAAAAUGAGCAGUUGGAUGAUAGGAUGCUGCCCCUUCAUUUGCCUCAUUUUAUACCCAUCCUGCAUUUUUAGCCAUUUAAGAAUUUACUCAGCUCUAUUUAUUUUGCUGUUAAUAGCUUGUAAAUUGGGUUUAUUUAUUCAUAUCCAGAGUAAGUCUGUGUGAAGUUCAUUUUAUCCUCAUCCCAUAUCAUCCUCAGAGCCAUCUGUUUUACCCAUCACAGCACCUUUAGACACAACACCCAUGUACAUAUACAGUAAUGAAUACAGAUACAAAUAUGUCUUACGUGCCAUUUUGAUAGACUUAUGUAUAUACUAUUCAGAUACAUUGAUCAGUGGAAUCUCUAGCUUGAAGCACCCACAGGAUCAGGCCUGUGUUGUGGAAUACAUGAGGCAGUACUCAUCUCUCACCACUGGGUGUCCCCAUGCUGCUUACUUUCACUACCAUCUAAGACGACACUGGAACUUUCCAACGGGAACUGAACUGGGAACCAAGUCUCACUGAGGGAAACUAACUCCCUCAGUAUUAGCAAGAACACUGGAAGUGCAAACACUGUAAAUGUAACCUCUGCACUGGCACCAUCCAGUGCUCCUUACAGUAUACAUGUACCAUAACUAACGCAGUUCUCAAAGUGUGAAUGACAAGGACAUGCCGUACUCAUUGGACUGGUUCUAAUGGAGACUUCAGGUACAAUGUAUUCAUGAAAUUUGUAAUUUACCAAACCCCUACCAUAAAAACAAAACAAAAUAACAAAAAUGGUGAUAAAAAAGAAACUCCCUGCUUAUAUGCAUAACGUUGCUUUGACUCUGCUUGUAACCUGCUUUUGACCUCUUUUUAUAUUCUCUCAAUAACAAAGUAAUACCCCGCUGCUGCCUUUAGAAAUUCUAGAGUAGUAGAAUUUUUCUGAAUUCUACCCGCUUCUGUGUGAGCGUUGAAACACAUACAGUAGACUAAACAGAGUCAUCCAUUUCUGAUUGUUACUUUAUCCUUUCAGAAGAAUCACAGGUCGAUGUGCAAAUGACUCUGGAAUAUUCUUAAUAAUAUUUAGGAAUGCUGCCAUACACAUCGAUCAUCUCUGUGAUCAAGGAGGGGGUGUGGAAAUUAAGGAUUAAGGUAAUUCUUAAGGAUUACCUGAUUACUACUGAUCUUAUACUGGAAAUUGCACCUGAUAGAUGCAAUAUAGAUUUGAUUUUUCUUAUGAAAGUGGUUCAGUAAGACUUAAAACAUUUUGAUUUACUUGUUAGAUGAAAACUUUUAAAUUGAUCUUGACCUAUGUGCUUUAUGCAGUUCUUGUUUUAGGAUUAUGAUGCCCACUGAGAGACUUGUUCCCUGUGUUACUUCUUUAUCAUUCCCAAGAAUCAUUCUGUAGGUUUACAGUAAACAUAGAGACACCAGUGUCACCGUGAUAGAAAUGAAGGCAGCUUUAGUUCCACUCCCUUUUGUCUUAAGAGCCCUGCCUGGUGUACUGUUAACAGGCUAAGAACAAGAAGAAGAGUUGGGGUUACAGAUACCACCAUGCAAUGCCACAGUAAUACAGAACGGUAGUGUCUGAGCCAGCUGGUUUGGCAGAGCGAGGCCCUUCUUUCAGGGAGUUCAUGGAGGAGUUGAGCCCCAGACAACAGGCUGUCAAACAGCUAAAGCAAAAGUUCCUGAAGGCCCUGCAGGCCAACGAUUCCCAGGAGGUCAUGCAGAUUCUGCACACUGGCAAACUAGACAUUGACACAGUGCUGGAAGUGGAGGACCCCAGCAUGAUCCUGGCCUCAUACAAACAAGGUUAUUGGCUGCCAGGCUACAAACUGGAGAACUCCUGGGCUAUGGGGAUUCACGUGUGCGUGAUGUACAAUGCUGUGGAAACAGCACUGGUGCUCCUUCAGGAAGGUGCAGCCGUCAACAGGAUGCCCAAUGGGAAGACCCCACUGCACGUGGCCUGCGAGGUCUCCAACGGUGACUGUGUGGCCCUGCUUUUGGCUCACGGGGCAAAGGUCAACAGCCUGUCACUGAGCGGGCACACACCACUGCACUACUGCAUCACUAAGGAGUCCGUGGACUGUGCCAAGCAGCUUAUCUUGAAAGGUGCAAAAGUCAACAUGCCCAGCCACAAUAAUGAAGAGGACACACCAUUACAUACAGCGGCCAGAUUCGGCGUCCCAGAGCUGGCGGCUCUGUAUUUGAUCCAUGGAGCAUCUGUGGAUGCAGUCAACUCUUUUCAGGAGACACCGCUGAUGACUGCAGCCUUCUGGGCUUUUGAUACCAAAGAGCAAAUCUACAGCGAGGAUCAUCAUUUUGUCUGUCGUCUCCUGCUGGACCACCAAGCAGAUCCCAACCUCCAAGAAGAAGAUCAUAAAACAGCUCUUCACAAAGCCGCCUGGAAUUGUGAUCACGUCCUAAUGGAGAUGCUGCUGGUGGCAGGAGCAGAUGCGAGAGCCAUGGACAUCAAUGGCUGCGCCCCCAUUCAGUAUCUCCUCAAAGUGACCGAUGUCAGGCCUAUGGCCAUACCUGAGCUCUGCUUUCAGCUGCUGCUUAACUAUAAUGCAGCACGGAUCUACCCACCACAGUUCCACAAGGUGCUGCAGUCUUGCCAUGACUUUCCCAGAGUGGUAGAAAUCCUGGUCAACUCUUAUGAGCGUUUAAAGCCCACAAAGAAGUGGAGAGCUGCCAUUCCUGAUGACUGCUACAAGCGACAUAAAGACUUCUAUGACUCCCUGUUUGCCAUUUGCACCAACACUCCUCGCAGCCUGUUUCACCUGACCAGAUGUGCCAUCAGAGCCGGCAUGGGUGGCUUCUGCCACAGACGUGUAGCACAGCUGCCUCUGCCAUCUCCGAUGAAGAAUUAUAUACUACUGGAACCUGAGGGGAUACUGUACUGAUGGAGACUUAAAUUACUGCAUGGGAUGCUCUAACAUCACUUGAUAAUUUUUGACUGGAAUGUAAAGAAAUCAUGCAUACAUGCAAGCCAUCUCUGCAAGUCAGACAUCAGAUUGUGUACAGUAAAAAACAAUUUAUUAAGGUGGUUUGAGGUUGGACAUGACAGGAUGCCAUCCAACUCACCACAAAUUGUGAAUCAGUUGACUGUUCAACCUUAAAUAUACAGGAGUUUGAGCAACAGGUGAGAAAAUGGUAAUUUGUUGAUGAAAAUCGCUGUGCUAAUUCUUAUAACAAUUUAUAGUGAUUGACAUCCCAUUAACAAAAAGUGCCUUUCUGCCUUAUUUGUAUUAUUUAUCUUUCACCCUCUCGACCCUCUCUCUUAUUUCCCCCCUUUAUAGUGACAGUGUCUUUCAGUAAACAUUGUUUACUUGUU